GUUUAUCCUACACCACCAGGUUAUGUGCCAACCCAGGUCCCUAUGAUGAUGCCAGUCCCACAGAGACCCCCUGGUUGCCCCCCUGGCCUGGAAUACCUGACUCAGGUAGACCAACUUCUAGUUCAUCAGAAAGUGGAACUAAUGGAAGUUCUCACAGGAUGGGAAACCAAUAAUCAAUACGUGAUAAAAAACAGUUUAGGGCAGCAGGUGUUUUUUGCUGCUGAGGAGAGCGAUUGUUGCACACGUAUGAUCUGUGGACCAAUACGCUCCUUCACGCUCCACAUUCAAGAUAACAUGGGACAGGAAGUGAUGACUUUAUCCCAUCCACUUAACUGCAGUAGCUGUUUCUUUCCCUGUUGUCUGCAAGAGUUGGAGGUUCAGAGCCCUCCUGGCAGCCCUAUUGGUUAUGUGAUCCAAAGCUGGCAUCCUUUCCUGCCAAAGUUCAUCAUUCAAAAUGAGAGAAAAGAACCAGUUCUGAGGAUUGUGGGACCGUUUUGUGACUGCAAAUGUUGUUCUGAUAUUAAUUUUGAGGUGAUGUCACUGGAUGAGUCAUCAGUGAUUGGUCGGAUUAGCAAACAGUGGACAGGAUUUGAGGCUGAAAUGUUUUCCGAUGCAGAUAAUUUUGGACUACAAUUUCCAAUGGAUUUAGAUGUGAAAAUAAAGGCAGUUAUAUUAGGGGCCUGCUUUCUUAUUGAUUUCAUGUAUUUUGAACACACUCAAAAUCAAGAGUGA